CAGAGUAAGAGGGCGGAGACACAGCUGGGCCCACCCCAACCUGCACAUGGCCGGCUAGUGUAUGAGAGAAGAAAGGAGGUGCGGGUCACACAGCCUGGAGCAGGAAGCCGUUACCGGAAUGUCAGCUGACCAGCCGGUGCCAGGGGACGGUGACUGAGUCGGGGGUCUGGACGCUGCUUUUGGUGAUAGAUGUCAGCAUGUUCUUCGACGUUCUCUGUUUGGAGGAACGCUGAGCCAAUCGAAAGCUCAGAAACUGCACACGGUCUGACCACAGAUUUCUGGAAUAUUCAAAGUAUCGAAGUCCUCGUGACACAAGAAGCAGCUAUGGCAGAGAGUGGCAGCGGCACCUCUUCGGUUGGCGGCGUCACAAAUCCGGCCUCUCUCCCGCCUGGCGACGCGCAGCUUAUCGCGUUGAUUGUCGAGCAGCUGAAAAGCCGUGGGCUGUUUGACGGAUUUCGGAGAGACUGUUUGGCUGACGUUGACACCAAGCCGGCUUACCAAAACCUUCGGCAGAAAGUGGAUAACUUUGUAUCCACUCACUUGGAUAAGCAGGAAUGGAACGCAAGUAUGAACAAGAACCAGCUGCGCAACGGACUCAGGCAGAGCGUUAUCCAGUCCGGCAUGCUGGAAGCCGGGGUCGAUCGGAUCAUUUCCCAAGUUGUAGACCCCAAACUCAAUCAUAUAUUCCGCCCACAGAUUGAAAAGGCCAUCCAUGAGUAUCUCGCUGCUCAAAAGGAGGAGGAGGUGGUGCCAACCCCACCACCCCCUCCACCAGAGCCCGAGAAGCAGGACCCACCGGUGCCAUCUCAGGGGGCUUCGUAGGAGGAAAGUCCAUACACAAGAAACUGUCGACCGUGCCGUUAAACUGCCUCCAUGUGGCUUACGUGUAAAGGACAAUAAACUGAAAGAGGCUAGCGUUGUGGGGCAUCGACGUUAGUGGGUAGCGAGGUGUGAGUUAGGGUGGGGGGUCUUAGUAACUCAACGUAAGGGUUUGUUUGACUUGCGGUGAGUGGAACUGGGCAUUAAAACGGGAGCAUUGAACCAUUUAUAGAUGGAGGCCUUGUGGGGUUUUUUUUCUCUGCAUGUAUUUUUGCUUUUAAAGGUGAUUUGAAAAGUCUGAGCGAUGGGAACCGUUUAAAGGAAUUCCAAUUCCUAGAAUCCGUAAGAUUGUCUGCGGGCAGGUAGACUACCUAACAUAUCGUCUCAAUGUGUCCGCAAUCGCAUAUCGGCAAAUUAGCUGGGCUUCAUUUUUUUCGGAUUUCUAAUAAAGUGUUUUUUUUGUGUGAUUUGUAUGAAAAUGCAACAAAUUACUUUGUGCUGGAAAUAAAUAUUUUU